AUGAUGUUAGAUUUAGAUAAUCAAGUACAAUCUAUUCUAACUUGUUUUGACAAGGAAAAGGAGGAAACUAAAAGCAAAUAUCAGGUUCGCUUGAAUGCUUUGAUUGAUGUUGCAAGGUUUCUUUUAAAAGAACGAAUGCCUUUUCGAGGCCAUGAUAAAAGUGAAACUUCCGCAAGAAGAGGAAACUUUUUAGAUCUCUUAAAGUGGUAUGCGGAUAAGAAUGAAGAUGUGAAACAGAUUGUGUUAGAAAAUGCUCCACAAAAUGACAUCAUGAUUUGUCCAAGUAUCCAAAAAGACAUUGUGAGUUCUUGUGCAAAAGAAACAGUGAAAGCAAUUGUUGAAGACUUAAAUGGGGAUUACUUUGGGAUAUUAGUUGAUGAGUCUAAGGAUGUCUCUCAUAAAAAACAAAUGGCUCUCAUUCUGCGGUAUGUCAAUAAAGAGGAACAUAAUUUGAGUCCAUCUCAAAUUCGGGGACAGGGUUAUGAUGGAGCUAGUAACAUGAAGGGAGAAAUCAAUGGUCUUAAAACUUUGAUUAUGAAAGAUUCUCCUUCGGCAUAUUGCACACGUUGCUUUGCUCAUCAAUUACAAUUGACUCUUGUAGAUGUUUCAAAGAAGCAUCGUGAGGUAGAUCAAUUUUUUGAUAUUCUUGCUAAUGUUUUAAAUGUUAUUGGAGGUUCUUUUAAGCGUAGGGAUAUGCUUAAAGAUGAUCAAGUAAAAAAAUUCAAAGAGCUACUAGUGCUCGGUGAAGUUCAUACAGGCGAAGUGGAUUGA